AUGGCGGACGAAGUUUACGACGGUGCCAUCGGCAUUGAUCUGGGUACCACCUACUCCUGCGUUGCUACCUACGAGGGUACCAAUGUCGAGAUCAUCGCCAACGAGCAGGGUUCUUUCACCACCCCUUCUUUCGUUUCCUUCACCGAGAAGGAGCGUCUGAUCGGUGAGGCUGCCAAGAACAAUGCUGCCAUGAACCCCCGCAACACUGUCUUCGAUGCCAAGCGUCUGAUUGGUCGUCGUUUCGAUGACCCUACCGUCAAGAAGGACAUCGAGUCUUGGCCCUUCAAGAUUGUCGAUGACAACGGCAGCCCCAAGAUCGAGGUCGAGUACCUCGGUGAGAACAAGCAGUUCUCUGCCCAGGAGAUCUCCUCCAUGGUUCUUACCAAGAUGAAGGAGAUUGCCGAGACCAAGCUCGGCAAGAAGGUCGAGAAGGCCGUCAUCACCGUUCCUGCCUACUUCAACGACAACCAGCGUCAGGCCACUAAGGACGCCGGUUCCAUUGCCGGCCUCAACGUCCUCCGUAUCAUCAACGAGCCCACCGCUGCCGCCAUUGCCUACGGUCUUGGUGCUGGUAAGUCCGAGAAGGAGCGUAACGUUCUUAUCUACGAUCUCGGUGGUGGUACUUUCGAUGUCUCCCUCCUCAACAUCCAGGGUGGUGUUUUCACUGUUAAGGCUACUGCCGGAGAUACACACCUCGGGGGCCAAGAUUUUGACACGAAUCUCCUCGAACACUGCAAGAAGGAGUUCGGCCGCAAGACCAAGAAGGACCUGUCUGGCGAUCCUCGCGCCCUCCGACGUCUCCGAACUGCCUGUGAGCGUGCCAAGCGUACUCUCUCCAGCGGUGCCCAGGCCACCAUUGAGAUUGACUCUCUCUUCGACGGUGAGGACUUCACUAUGUCCAUCACCCGUGCCCGUUUCGAGGACUUGAACGCCAAAGCUUUCUCUGGCACCAUCGAGCCCGUUGCCCAGGUCCUCAAGGACGCUGCUAUCGAGAAGAAGGCCGUUGACGAGAUCGUCCUUGUCGGUGGUUCCACCCGUAUCCCCAAGAUCCAGAAGCUUCUGUCCGAGUUCUUCGACGGCAAGAAGCUCGAGAAGAGCAUCAACCCCGAUGAGGCUGUUGCCUACGGUGCCGCCGUCCAGGCCGGUAUCCUCUCCGGAAAGGCCACCUCUGCUGAGACUGCCGACCUCCUCCUCCUCGAUGUCGUUCCUCUGUCUCUCGGUGUCGCCAUGGAGGGCAACAUCUUCGCCUCCGUCGUUCCCCGUGGUACCACCUGCCCCACCCUCAAGAAGCGAACCUUCACCACUGUUGCCGACAACCAGCAGACCGUUCAGUUCCCCGUCUACCAGGGUGAGCGAACCAACUGUGAGGACAACACCAGCUUGGGUGAAUUCACUCUUGCUCCUAUCCCCCCCAUGCGCGCCGGUGAGGCCGUUCUCGAGUGUGUCUUCGAGGUCGAUGUCAACGGUAUCCUCAAGGUCACCGCUACUGAGAAGACCUCUGGUCGCAGUGCCAACAUCACCAUCUCCAACUCCGUCGGAAAGCUCACCACCGACGAGAUCGAGAAGAUGGUCAACGAGGCUGAGCAGUUCAAGAGCAACGAUGAUGCUUUCCAGAAGAAGUUCGAGGCUAAGCAGCAGCUCGAGUCCUACAUUGGCCGUGUUGAGGAGAUCGUCUCCGACCCCACUCUUUCCCUUAAGCUUAAGCGUAACCAGAAGGAGAAGAUCGAGAGCACCAUCUCCGACGCCAUGGCUACUCUUGAGAUCUCCGAGAGCACCGCUGAGGACCUCAAGAAGCAGGAGCUUGCCCUCAAGCGUCUUGUCACCAAGGCCAUGUCCUCCCGAUAA